AUGCUGGUGACCUAUUUGGAAGCUAGCCGGGACCUUUGUAAGACGGACUCAAUUAUUUUUGGCGCCGCGCUGGCAGUCUGCCGUAUUACAGGCGCCAAGGUUUCCACGGCUGGACGAGUUACUGGCCAAAGUAGCGCUAUCCCAGCAUGGAGAAGAAGAAUUGCGGAACGUAUCGCAAAGGCUAGAGCUCCCAUCGGCAGACUGAAAUGCUUCAGAUCAGGCAAUAACAGGCUAAGAAUUGUGAGCACCAUCAGGAUGGCCCUUUGCUGGGACAAAUGUCAGUUCGUCCCAGCCGGAUAUAACGCAAAAACUGACGGAGCGGAGCGAAGCAGAGAAUCGCUGCUUGGGGAAAGCGGAUUCGGCGAUAUACCGAGAGGUCGACUCGGUUCAACCAGUAUCGUCUCUUCCAGAGUGAUCAGAAGAGGCUCUAUGAAUCAUUGA